AGCAGCGGCUUGUGCUAGCCAGAGGCGGGUCAGUGGGUCACAGUCUCCUCUCCUCUCUCCCUCGCUCUCCGCUGCUCGACGCCAUCGCCAUGGCCGUCUUCCUCUGCUGCUUCAUGGUGCUCCUCGCCGCCGUCCCCUGCUCCGCCGCCGGCGCAACCGCCGCCGGCGAGAGGUGCGUGCGGCAGGGGAAGGCCGCCUACGCGCCCUCGCUGUCCCCGCUCCCCCAAGGGAGUGGAGCCUGCGGGUACGGCGCCAUGGCCGCGGAGAUCAAUGGGGGCUUCCUCGCCGCCGGGGGACCCAGGCAGCACCGCGGAGGGCUCGGCUGCGGGAGGUGCUUCCAGGUGAGAUGCAGAGAUGCAAAGCUGUGCAGCAGCCGGGGAGUGCGGGUCGUGCUCACCGACUUCCACAGGAGCAACCGUACCGACUUCCUGCUCGGCGGGCCAGCUUUCGCGGGCCUGGCCAAGCCCGGGAUGGCCCACGAGUUGAAGAGGCUGGAUACCCUCUCCGUAGAGUACAAGAGAAUUCCCUGCGACUACAAGGACAAGAACCUGUCCAUACUCGUGGAGGAAGAGAGCAAGCGUCCAAGCAACCUGGUCGUCAAGUUCCUCUACCAGGGCGGCCAAACCGACAUCCUGGCGGUGGACGUGGCUCCCGUGGGGUCGUCCGAGUGGCGCUUCAUGACGAGGGUCCACGGGCCGGUGUGGCGCACGGACCGGGCCCCCGCCGGUCCGCAGCAGUUCCGGGCCGUGGUCACCGGCGGGUACGACGGCAAGUGGGUGUGGGCCGAGCGGGAGGUGCUCCCGGCGGACUGGCGGCCGGGGCAGGUCUACGACACCGGCGUCCGGAUCGCCGACGUGGCCAGGGACGGAUGCCGGGGCUGCGCCGGCGCGGACGCCGGCGCCGCCGCGCUGGAGUGGAAGUGAGGAUGGCUAGGUUCUGCUGAGUAGACGUAGAUACAUGAUAGUACAGUACAGACUAAUUAGCACCGGUCGGUCGUCACUCGCCUACCACAUGGCGAGAGAGCGAGGGGACAGCAGUGGCGCUGGUGGAGAAACGAGGCCCCGGCCGGCUGGCUGGCUGUCGGGAGGAAGAAGAAAGAAGACGACUGGCUGUGAUCUGAUCAUCUGAAUGAUCUAUUUGGUUUUGGUCUCUGCUCUUGCAGUGUGUUAAUGUACAUUGAACCAUGCCUGCACGGCACUCUGCAGCCGCAUGUGUGCGCAAGAGGAGAUGUAUCAUCGUCGAUGUCUGAUCUCUGAUGGCUAGCUUUGGUAGAUGCAAACAAAUGAGGCUCUAGCCGCCUAGCAGCUACCCCGCUGCUGAAUGCUAAUGGUUAGAAUAAUGAGCACAGUACAGCACUGCAGUGGUCGUGUUUUUCUUCU